GCUCGGCCCAGCGCGGGGCCUCGCGCGUGCAUGGCGGGCUCCGAGCAGCAGCGGCCGCGGCGGCGGGACGACGGCGACCCGGACGCGGAGGCUGCACCCCUGCAGGACGCGGAGCUGGCCCUGGCUGGCAUCAACAUGCUGCUCAACAACGGCUUCAGGGAGUCGGAUCAGCUUUUCAAACAAUACAGAAAUCAUAGUCCAUUAAUGAGUUUUGGAGCCAGCUUUGUCAGUUUUUUGAAUGCCAUGAUGACUUUUGAGGAAGAAAAAAUGCAGUUGGCCUGUGAUGACUUAAAAACUACUGAAAAGCUGUGUGAAAGUGAAGAGGCUGGAGUGAUUGAAACAAUCAAGAACAAAAUCAAGAAGAAUGUUGAUGCUCGAAAAUCCGCCCCCUCCAUGGUUGACCGACUCCAGAGGCAAAUCAUUAUUGCUGACUGUCAGGUUUACUUGGCUGUGCUUUCGUUUGUGAAACAAGAAUUGUCAGCCUACAUAAAAGGGGGGUGGAUCCUUAGGAAGGCCUGGAAGAUUUACAAUAAGUGCUAUGUGGACAUCAACGCCCUCCAGGAGCUGUAUCAGAAGAAGCUGACUGAAGAGCCCUUGACUUCUGACGCUGCAAAUGAUAAUCACAUUGUGGCUGAAGGGGUGACUGAGGAAUCCCUAAACAGACUGAAGGGUGCUGUUAGCUUUGGAUAUGGCCUUUUUCACCUUUGCAUAUCCAUGGUGCCCCCAAACCUGCUCAAAAUCAUCAACCUGCUGGGGUUUCCUGGAGACCGCCUGCAGGGGCUUUCUUCACUGACGUAUGCAAGCGAAAGUAAGGACAUGAAGGCCCCUUUAGCUACAUUAGCUCUACUGUGGUACCACACCGUAGUCCGCCCAUUUUUUGCGUUGGAUGGCAGUGAUAACAAAGCAGGCCUGGAUGAAGCUAAGGAAAUUCUUCUCAAAAAAGAAGCUGCUUAUCCAAACUCCUCCCUCUUUAUGUUUUUCAAGGGACGGAUCCAGCGAUUAGAGUGUCAAAUCAACAGUGCCUUGACUUCCUUCCACACUGCUUUGGAACUCGCGAUAGACCAGAGGGAGAUCCAGCACGUCUGUCUGUAUGAGAUCGGCUGGUGCAGCAUGAUUGAGCUCAACUUCAAGGACGCAUUUGAUUCCUUCGAGAGACUGAAAAGCGAGUCCAGGUGGUCGCAGUGUUACUAUGCAUACUUGACUGCAGUCUGUCAGGGAGCCACCGGCGACGUGGAUGGGGCGCAGCUCGUCUUUAAAGAAGUUCAGAAACUAUUCAAACGGAAAAACAAUCAGAUUGAACAGUUCUCGGUGAAAAAGGCGGAGAGGUUUCGGAAGCAAACCCCAAGCAGAGUGCUGUGUGUGCUGGCAUCCAUCGAAGUGCUGUACCUGUGGAAAGCCCUUCCCAACUGCUCCUUCCCCAACCUGCAGAGGAUGAGUCAAGCUUGCCAUGAAGUGGACGAUUCCUCUGUUGUUGGGUUGAAGCAUCUGCUUCUUGGUGCCAUCCAUAAGUGUCUAGGAAACUCGGAAGAUGCUGUUCAGUUCUUCCAGAGAGCUGCUAAAGAUGAGCUGUGUCGUCAGAAUAACUUGUACGUUCAGCCGUAUGCUUGCUAUGAACUUGGCUGUCUUCUACUAGACAAACCAGAGACUGUAGGAAGAGGCAGGACUCUCCUUCUUCAGGCAAAGGAGGAUUUUUCUGGCUACGACUUUGAAAACAGAUUGCACGUGCGCAUCCAUGCUGCUCUGGCCUCCUUGAGGGAGUUGGUCCCUCAGUGACAAAUGUGCAGUAGCCUCUCUGUCCCUCCCCACCCAGGGUCUGCACUUUAAAAGCAGAGGACUAAGCUCCUGUGAAGAUGAGCUUUUCUUCUGGAGACCACCUGUGCCAGGGAUGUGUUUCCCAGCUGAUGUAUUAAAGAUCUCUUUUAAAUGUAUAGUUACAAAUUAAUAAAGAUGCUGAUAAUGAUAAUAAUAACUGACCACUGGGGAAGAGGGUUAAGUGACCUUGUUCAAACAUUUUAGUUUUGUGAUUUAUUAUUUUUAAAAUAAAAUCAGACUAAAUAUGCAUCCUGUUAUCCUGUAGGAGUGCCUACCUUAAGCACAGAUCAGAGUGAGCUCGAUGAAGCAGUUCCCGAAUAAUUGAGACACCAUGGCAUAGCAAAUAUUUCUAUUGUGUUUUGAAAAAAAUAAAGUGCUUUCUAGUGUUUUACCUAAACCUGGAAAUAUUCCAAUGACUCAGUGUAGUACACAUAUUCUUGGCUGGGUUUGGUGGCUUGUACCUUUAAUCUCAGUACUGCAGAGGCAGAGGCAGAGGCAGGCAGAUCUCUGUGAGGUCGGGACCAGUCUGGUCUACACAGCCAGCUCUAGGCCAGCCGUGACUACAUAGAAAGACCCUGUCUCAAAAAAAUAAAAAAUUCUUAUCCCCAUUUUACGUACUGUGAAACUCAGGCCCAUUAAGGCUAAGUGAUUUAUUCCAGUUAAUUAUUCAUGCUGCCAAUGGAUCAGUGAAAGAACAUGAAGCCAGGGCCACCAACUGAAUAUUCUUUUUUAAAAAUAAAAGACAUGUUAAUAACCUAGAAUUCUGUGCUUCACUUAUUAAAAGAGAAAAUUCUUUGCAGCUGAAGUUGUGUCAUCAAAAAUAUUCAUCCCCAGGAGCUAGGGUGAUGGCUCGGUGGGUACUGCAUUCUUACGCCCAAAACCCAGAUGAAAAAAAGGCCAGGAAUGGUGAUAUGCCAUGCCUGGAACCCCAGAGCUUGGGAGCGAGAAACAGGAGGAUACCUGGAGCUCAGUGGCCAAAUAGCACUGCCUGAUAGAUGAGCUACAUGUUCAGUGAGAGGCGUCAUCUCCAAAGAUAGAGUGAUUGAGGAACACACCUGGCAUCAACCUCUGGCACACAUGUGCACACACACACACAAACACAUACAUAUAUCCACCCCCACACAAAGAUUCAUCCCUAGAUUGUCAGCAAAAAAUUUCAAGUGAUGCAAUUCCCCCUCCCCCAUCACUUUGUGAGCCUACCAAGCAGGGGCAGAUAAGUUUACACCCAAAUAUAUAUAUAUAACUAUAACUGUGCCACUCAGCUGUUAGAAAAUAUAAUUAAUAGAUCAGAUCAAUAAUACAUAAAUUUUGUUUUGCUUUAUGAAAAUUAUCUAGUGAUCAACUUUUAGAAAUCUUUUAACAGAUUCCUUGAAUAUUCCUGCAUGAACAUAAGUUUGUGCCUCAGAAUAUUUGAUAAAGAAGUAUUUUCUGGGUUAUUUAUAUAUUGCUGGGAUUUAGUCAUUUCUCCCUUAGCUCAGGUUAUUAGAUGUUAAGAAAGGAGUUCAAAGUUAGUUUUUUAAUCCUUCAUUGCUAAUUUUUGACACUUGGUUUACCUCUGUGCCCAGUACUGUAUACCUGUGGUUUUGAAUAAUACCUCAAUCACUUUAAAGAAUCUUUGCCAUAAUUUGGCUCAGUCUUUAAGUUUUUGCACUUUUACUGAGCUCAAGGGUACCAUUUCAGAGUACAGCUCAUUUCUGUAUCAUACCAUCUGAGUCAGGAGCUUCUAUGAUAGGAAUGUUUUCAUACUUAGAAAAUAAAACAGGAGCAAAGCAGAGAGACGAGAAAUUUCAUCCCAUUUUUUUAUUUUUGUCUUUUCUCAUGCUGGGAAUUGAACCCAAAGUGUUGCACACAUGGGAGAAGCACUUUAGCACUGAGCUGUAGCUCCAGCCCUUGCAAACUUCAUUUUAUUUAAUCAUGUGUGUCAGAGUGCAGGGCAUGUUCUUAAGUGGUGUGCUUCAGACUCUGGGCUCUAGCCCUCUCAUUCCCUCCAAAAGCAUUUUAAUCUUGGUUUAAGGAAGUAAACUCUUUGAAAGAAGUUGCUCCUCACCGACUGUGUCUACGCCCUCACUGUGACAGCCUCUUCUGAGUAGACUGUUUCCCAAGUGUAUGUUCACAAAGACUUACUGACAUGAAUCUUGUAUGGAAUUUAAACACUACAGGAAAGGAAGGAUUGCUAUUCUGCAUUUGUUGAAUGAGUACAUCCACAACGCCAAGGAGAGAAAAGAUUUCGGAAGAGAGAAACUAGAGGCCCAGAAUACUGGAAGCCUGGUAACCGAAGGGAAAAAUGCUGUAAAUUUGAAAAAUAUGGCUAUUGCCACCCUUCUCUUCUUACUCUAUAAGUGCGUGUAGAAGGUUCUUCUGUUAGGGUUGUGGAACCUUUCAAGCCAUAAAGUUCUUGAUAUAGUUAUUCUUUCAAAGCUAUUAUGUAUUCGAGGACUACAUGAAGUUCCAUUCUUUCAAAUUAAAGUAUGUAUUAAUUGCUUUAAAAAUUGCUUGCAUUUAUCUCAUUGAGAUUACAGUAUGUUCCACUUGAAUUAAACUAAAUAACUUGGGAACAC